AGAAGGAAAGGUAUGAGUUUCAGACUUUAAUCAAGAUGAAACUGUUCGUAUUCCUGGCAUUGGCUGUGGCCGCAGCUAGCGCUGUCCCCACUCCCCAGCAGAAGCACACUCCUGUCCCUGUCAAGGACAUUGAGGGCCGUAUCACCAACGGGUACAACGCCUACGAAGGCAAGGUCCCCUACAUUGUUGGUCUGCUCUUCAGCGGCAACGGCAACUGGUGGUGCGGUGGCUCCAUCAUUGGCAACACCUGGGUCCUGACCGCUGCUCACUGCACCAACGGAGCUGAGUCUGUCACCAUCAACUAUGGUGCCAGCUUCCGCACCCAGCCCCAGUACACCCACUGGGUGCACCGCAACGACAUCAUCCAGCACCACCACUACAACAGUGGCAACCUGCACAACGACAUCUCCCUGAUCCGCACUCCCCAUGUCGAUUUCUGGCAUCUGGUCAACAAGGUUGAGCUGCCCAGCUACAACGAUCGCUACAACAGCUACGCCGGACAAUGGGCUGUUGCCUCCGGAUGGGGCGGCACCUACGACGGCAGCCCUCUUCCCGACUGGCUCCAGUGCGUCGAUGUCCAGAUCAUGUCUCAGGGCGAUUGCAGCCGCACUUGGUCUCUCCACGACAACAUGAUCUGCAUCAACACCAACGGCGGAAAGUCCACCUGCGGAGGAGACUCCGGCGGCCCCCUGGUUACCCAUGACGGCAACCGCCUGGUGGGAGUUACAUCCUUCGGUUCCGCUGCUGGUUGCCAGUCUGGUGCCCCAGCUGUCUUCAGCCGUGUCACCGGCUACUUGGACUGGAUCCGCGACAACACCGGCAUCUCCUACUAAGAGGAAACUCAUCCUUAUGCCCAUAUUUUCAUUGGGUUACUUCAAUAAACGAUUUUACAGCAA